AUGCGGAGUCCUAUCACGGGGAUUGGAGACGGGCUUUUCCCGUCAUCUCACCCCGAACUUUUCCAGGAACAUCCAUUGAAUCACGCAAGUCCAACCAUGAAACUCUACGUCUACCCGAUCAAGUCUCUCCGGCCAACGAGCCUAAAAGAAGGAACCCUAACAAACCUGGGUCUAGAAUAUGACCGCCACUUCAUGCUUCUCAAAGUCAUAUCAUCCGAAGAAGGCACCACCUUGAAGAAUAUGCAUGUCCCGCACUUCCCCGAGAUGUCCCUCUUCCAAACAGACAUUGAAUAUCCGGCUCUGAAUACAGCCGGGAAAGUCAUCGUCACAUAUAAUCCACCAGGCUCUGAUUCCCGCCAUCUGGAAAUCCCACUCACACCUAGUACCAAGGUGCUCAAUUCCCUGAAUAUCACUAUGCAUCAGAGCCCCACAAAAGGAUAUGAUAUGGGCCCCGAGUACAAUGACUGGUUUAGUGAAUGUUUCGGAUACCCCGUUAUCCUAGCAUAUCUAGGCCCACACACACGCGAGGUUCUAGGCACCCUUGCACCUGCCAAAAGCAAAAGCAGAAAGUCGAGUUGGAGUCUCGGGAAAUGGGAAUUAAGUAUCCUGAGCCUGGUCGCUGUCCUCACCGUUUUCGGCUAUCAGCUUCGGGCAGAACUGAUCGGGUGUCUACUCAUCUGUAUCCUGGGUAUUGGAGGCUUUAAUUACCUCCGGCCCGAAGACCGGAUUACUUUUGCCGAUUGUGCGCCAUACCUGGUUAUCUCCGAGACAUCAGUACAAGAUGUCUCGGGGCGAUUGGGCGAAGAGAUGGAUCGGACGAAAUUCCGACCUAACAUUGUUGUAUCGGGUGCUGAGCAGGCCUUCGAAGAGGACUUCUGGUGUGCGUUGCAGAUUGGGCAGGCGAGGCUUUUGCUUACGGGGAAUUGUAUACGAUGUCAGAGUUUGAAUGUGGAUUAUGGGACUGGGAAGAUGGGGACAGGGGAGUCUGGGACUGUGCUUAAGAAAUUGAUGAAGGAUCGUAGGGUUGAUCUGGGGGCUCGGUUUAGUCCUGUCUUUGGGAGGUAUUCUUUCCUUGACAGGGGUGUUGGUGCUUGUCUUAAGAUUGGGGAUGAGGUGCUGGUUGCGGAGAGAGGGGAUACGAGGUCUAUUCUUGGUAUGUCUCACUACUUCCUAUUUGGGUUGGGCUAA